AGAGUGCCCCACCGGGACGACUGGAACACCUCAGUAGGAUAUGGGUGGGCAAACGUGGGCCACACGAUCCCACCGGCCUCUUUUGUCCUAAGUCCCGAGGCACGGGUGCAGCUACAAGAGUGCGCGGUAAAGCGCAGGGAGGAGAUGCGGUCGGGAGCAGAUUUCGGGGGCGGGGCCCGCGGCGCUCGGGGCGGGGCUCCCCUCGGGUUCGCGGCCCGGCCGGUGAGCAACGGCGCUGCGGACCAUGGCGAGCGGCGAGCCUUCCCCCGGCAGCGGCGCGGCCCGGCGGCCGCUGCACUCCGCGCAGGCUGUGGACGUGGCCUCGGCCUCCAACUUCCGGGCCUUUGAGCUGCUGCACUUGCACCUGGACCUGCGGGCUGAGUUCGGGCCUCCAGGGCCCGGCGCAGGGAGCCGGGGGCUGCGCGGCACCGCGGUCCUGGACCUGCGCUGCCUGGAGCCCGAGGGCGCCGCCGAGCUGCGGCUGGACUCGCACCCGUGCCUGGAGGUGACGGCGGCGGCGCUGCGGCGGGAGCGGCCCGGCUCGGAGGAGCCGCCCGCGGAGCCCGUGAGCUUCUACACGCAGCCCUUCUCGCACUAUGGCCAGGCCCUGUGCGUGUCCUUCCCGCAGCCCUGCCGCGCCGCCGAGCGCCUCCAGGUGCUGCUCACCUACCGCGUCGGGGAGGGACCCGGGGUUUGCUGGUUGGCUCCCGAGCAGACAGCAGGAAAGAAGAAGCCCUUCGUGUACACCCAGGGCCAGGCUGUCCUAAACCGGGCUUUCUUCCCUUGCUUCGACACGCCUGCUGUUAAAUACAAGUAUUCAGCUCUUAUUGAGGUCCCAGAUGGCUUCACAGCUGUGAUGAGUGCUAGCACCUGGGAGAAGAGAGGUCCAAAUAAGUUCUUCUUCCAGAUGUGUCAGCCCAUCCCCUCCUAUCUGAUAGCUUUGGCCAUCGGAGAUCUGGUUUCGGCUGAAGUUGGACCCAGGAGCCGGGUGUGGGCUGAGCCCUGCCUGAUUGAUGCUGCCAAGGAGGAGUACAACGGGGUGAUAGAAGAAUUUUUGGCAACAGGAGAGAAGCUUUUUGGACCUUAUGUUUGGGGAAGGUAUGACUUGCUCUUCAUGCCACCGUCCUUUCCAUUUGGAGGAAUGGAGAACCCUUGUCUGACCUUUGUCACCCCCUGCCUGCUAGCUGGGGACCGCUCCUUGGCAGAUGUCAUCAUCCAUGAGAUCUCCCACAGUUGGUUUGGGAACCUGGUCACCAACGCCAACUGGGGUGAAUUCUGGCUCAAUGAAGGUUUCACCAUGUACGCCCAGAGAAGGAUCUCCACCAUCCUCUUUGGCGCUGCAUACACCUGCUUGGAGGCUGCAACGGGGCGGGCUCUGCUGCGUCAGCACAUGGACAUCACUGGAGAGGAAAACCCACUCAACAAGCUCCGCGUGAAGAUUGAACCAGGUGUUGACCCGGACGACACCUAUAAUGAGACCCCCUACGAGAAAGGUUUCUGCUUUGUCUCAUACCUGGCCCACUUGGUGGGUGAUCAGGAUCAGUUUGACAGUUUUCUCAAGGCCUAUGUGCAUGAAUUCAAAUUCCGAAGCAUCUUAGCCGAUGACUUUCUGGACUUCUACUUGGAAUAUUUCCCUGAGCUUAAGAAAAAGAGAGUGGAUAUCAUUCCAGGUUUUGAGUUUGAUCGAUGGCUGAAUACCCCUGGCUGGCCCCCAUACCUCCCUGAUCUCUCCCCUGGGGACUCACUCAUGAAGCCUGCUGAAGAGCUAGCCCAACUGUGGGCAGCUGAGGAGCUGGACAUGAAGGCCAUUGAAGCCGUGGCCAUCUCUCCCUGGAAGACCUACCAGCUGGUCUACUUCCUGGAUAAGAUCCUCCAGAAAUCCCCUCUCCCUCCUGGGAAUGUGAAAAAACUUGGAGAGACAUACCCAAGCAUCUCAAAUGCCCGGAAUGCAGAGCUCCGGCUGCGAUGGGGCCAAAUCGUCCUUAAGAACGACCACCAGGAAGAUUUCUGGAAAGUGAAGGAGUUCCUGCAUAACCAGCUGGACCGUAUGCGGCUGUGAGCUUUAUGUGCUGCAGCCGCUGAUAUCUGCUAUUCACUUAGUGGCUCACCACCUACACCUUUCCAGAAGUCUGGAAUCCCAUUGUGUCCACCCAACUCACUCGUUUCGUUGACUGUAGACGUCCGCAUGUUAGUAUGGAUUGGGAUGCAUAUUGAGAUCCAUCUCCAUGGAUCUUUGGACCCCAAGAAGAUGCCUGAAUUAGAGCACUUCUGAUGAGAAACUCCUCAUUCCAGCUGUGAUACCCACAUCCCUUUUAGCACCUAGCCAUGGCUGCUGUUAGACUGGCACUGGGGGCAGGAGGGCUGGACAGAUCCACCAGGCAAGCUUCUUAGGCAUGUGUAUGUGUGUUUCUUGCAGGGGAAGCAGAAGUAUACACUUCCGCUGUACCACGCAAUGAUGGGUGGCAGUGAGGUGGCCCAGACCCUCGCCAAGGAGACCUUUGCAUCCACCGCCUCCCAGCUCCACAGCAAUGUUGUCAACUAUGUCCAGCAGAUCGUGGCACCCAAGGGCAGUUAGAGGCUCGUGUGCAUGGCCCCUGCCUCUUCAGGCUCUCCAGGCUUUCAGAAUAAUUGUUCCCAAAUUCCUGUUCCCUGAUCAACUUCCUGGAGUUCAUAUCCCCUCAGGAUAAUCUAUUCUCUAGCUUAGGUAUCUGUGACUCUUGGGCCUCUGCUCUGGUGGGAACUUACUUCUCUAUAGCCCACUGAGCCCUGAGACAGAGAACCUGCCCACAGCUCUCCCCGCUACAGGCUGCAGGCACUGCAGGGCAGCGGGUCUUCUCCUCCCCACCUAAGUCUCUGGGAAGAAGUGGAGAGGACUGAUUCUCUUCUUUUUUCUCUUUCUGUCCUUUUUCUUGCUGAUUUUAUGCAAAGGGCUGGCAUUCUGAUUGUUCUUUUUUCAGGUUUAAUCCUUAUUUUAAUAAAGUUUUCAAGCAAAAAUUAA